UUACGGAAGUUCUAAUCGAUUGGCUGCACUUAAAACAUGUUGUUUGUCGGCUCGACUUGCAAGUUUUAAAGCACUUCGUUGUGAGAAAAGGCUGUUUGCAUUUCUUUGAUUGCGUCUCCGGUUUCACGAGUUGUCUUGUUCCGCUACAGUUCGUCCUUUCUGGAUCAUAAACUGAACAUAGCAAUGUGAUGCUAACUAGAGGCAACAACAACAACAUGGCACAAGUUUCUCCUUCCUCCGGAUCAAUCAUUGUGGCAGACUGGCAUCGGUGUAAAGACAGCAAAGAGUAUUUCAGCAAAAUACUGCACAAGAAGAGGCGCAAAAACUUCGGCCUGUUGGAGUCUCCGGUGAUGCCCCCACAUGUAGCCGUGGACACCGUUCACUAUAAAAUCUUCCUCUCCGGCAAGAGUGGAGUGGGGAAGACUGCUCUGGCUGCACGUCUUGCAGGCUUGAAUAUUCCUAACAUGCACUAUGAAACCACAGGUAUUGAGACAACGGUGGUGUACUGGCCGGUAAAACUUAGAGAAAAUGGCAGAGUGCUUUUCUUCCGUCUGCAGCUGUGGGACUGUGGGGAGAAUGCCUUGCGUAGAUUCGACCAUCUGCUGCCGGCCUGUAAGGAGCAGGUGGACGCCGUCCUCUUCCUGUUCUCCUUCACUGACAGGACCUCCUUUGAUGAUCUGUCAAACCAAAUCGCUAAAUGGACUGGGGCUCCUGUGGGUCGUGUUGUGAAAUUGGUGGUUGGCACCAAAUUUGACCUUUUCAUGCACUGUGACGUGGCAGAGAGAGACGUGAGGAACUUCCAGGAGACGUGGAGCGUACCAGUGCUGCGUGUGGGGGGGGAGGUCAGUGACGGACUGGGGGAUGUGGCCUCUCUCCUCAACUGCCUGGCGGAGCACCUGUGGCAUCAGGACUGUGUAUCAGCCAGACGCCAUUCACAGCAGGAGACAGGGACUGUACUUUAAUCCUGACUUAGAUGUUUUAGUAGGCAGUUUAGGUGACCUGCACUCAAGGUGAGGUCCCUGCAGUGUGCCUGUGUAUUGACAGCUGAUCUGGGAGAGCUUUAGAUCCCCCGGGAUGAGAUGAAGGAAACUUAUUUGGGGCUGAUUUGAUUGUUUCAUAUAAUUCUAUUAUAAUAAUACAUUUUAUUUUUAGGCGCCAUUCAUGACACCGUACAAUUUGUUAAAGAAAGAAAACGCUAAUAGGCAACAGAACAUGAUAAAAACACAAACAGGAAAUCAUGGAGGAGACAGUCAAGUGGACACAAAUGAAACAUAAUGGGGAGCACUACAGUGAGUAGGCAGAUUUGAACAGGUGGGUUUUUUUAAAAUUGGGAUUUGAAUGAUCACUGCAAUACAUUUUAUUUGUACUCACCCUUAUGUCAGCAGGGUGUUGCAUCAAUAUCGUGAGACCAGAUAAGCUCAUCUAAUUGUUCUAUUAUGUGCCUCGUUGUCUCGUCUGUCCUCCUGCCUGUGAACAUUGCACGCCAUGUUAAAGGAUGAUUACAUUCCUAAAAUGCUUCUCAAGGAGAAUACGCUCAGUGCAGGAGCCAUGAGCAAGGAUGCACAGGCAGGAGCCAUGAGCAAGGAUGCACAGGCAUGACAAUUUACUGAUACAGCUUUUCAAUUCUUUAAUAUGACAACUUGAAUCACGUCUCAUGUGUUAUGCCUGUUGCCUCUACUCCUCGCACCUUCCAUCGCUCACGUUUCAGGUCGGAGGAACAUAUGGAGAAUGUUUAGACUGAGAAAUAAUAGAUCGUCUGAGACUAUGGUUAUAUUAACCUGCAGACGUGUUUAUUAUUUUGUGUUCUUCAUGACACUGGAUGCCUGUUUGAGCACAUACAGUUCUCAAUUUUAAAAUUACAGCUCGUUUUUCUUUGUUACCGAUGAUAUUACAGAUUUCCUUUAUACAUGUACUUAAAACACCUACACUGAGUCAAAAUAAUGUCUGCUUGGUAUUGGGUUCAUUGGAUCAGUAUUUCACAGUGAGAAGAUCAGUGGCCAUUUUUUCCUCAGACUCUAUUUACCUUCUUUAUUCAUUUGAAGUGUUUUUGUCAGAAUAGGGCUAAACUUGUUUAUAAUAAAGUGAAAGACAAAUUGAUUAAAAGUUUCCAGCAUUUUAAUACAAGUGAAUAAAUACAUUCUCAAGAAGUAAUA